AUAAAUAUCAAAUUACCCAACUACCCCUAGAUAUAUGCAGAGUGCUCUCUCCACGGGGAUAGACAAUUUAGUCCAAAUAAUAAGUAAAUUACAACGGCUAAUCUAAUGAAAUAUAGCCGUUGGAGACAAAACCCUAGAAUCCUCAUACCGCAGACAAAAAACCUUCUGAAGAAAUUUGUAUAAAUUCAUCAAUGAACUGAGAAGAACUUCAUCAAUCCCUCUCUCUCUCUCUCUCUCUCUCUCUCUCUCUCUAUCUCAAGCGAACAAGCAAGCGAUUUCAUCUCGUGAUUUAUAUUUUUCUGUGCAAUUAUAACUGUUUCAUUUGAAUUUGUUUGUCUACAAUCUGAUUUUGAUUUUGCAGGGUUUGUUAAUUAAGGAUUUUGAUUCUUUUGUUUGUUAUCUUUGUUCUUGUCGAUAUUUGUGUUUUUUUCUGGUGCUAACUAAUGGAUGCAGGAUCUUACUCUGGCUCAUCAAAUAAGAAACAGUCUCGUUGCCCUCUUCAGGAACAACUUCUUCAACGUAAAAAUUCUCGUGAUAAUUUGGAUAGGUUUAUUCCAAAUCGAUCAGCGAUGGAUUUCGACUAUGCACAUUACAUGCUGACAGAGGGAAGGAAAGGUAAGGAAAACCCAGCUGUCAGCUCUCCCUCCAGAGAGGCAUACAGGAAGCAGCUUGCAGAAACUUUCAACAUGAACAGGACUCGCAUUCUGGCGUUCAAGAACAAACCACCAACUCCUGUUGAGGCCAUUCCUAAUGAGAUUGCCUCUGUUCAACAGAACAAAACUGCAAAGCCCCGUCGAUACAUUCCUCAGACUUCUGAGAGGACAUUAGAUGCUCCAGAUAUCAUGGAUGAUUACUAUUUGAAUUUGUUAGACUGGGGCAGAAGCAAUGUUCUUUCUAUUGCUCUUGGCGGCACUGUGUAUCUGUGGGAUGCAUCUGAUGGUGCUACUUCAGAACUAGUCACUGUUGAUGAAGAAAAUGGCCCUGUUACAAGUGUUAAAUGGGCUCCUGAUGGUCAACAUAUUGCUGUUGGUCUUAACAAUUCUGAAGUUCAGCUUUGGGAUACUACAGCAAAUCGACUGUUGAGAACUUUGAAAGGCGGUCACAGAUCCCGAGUUGGUGCUCUAGAUUGGAACAAUCACAUUUUAACAACUGGGGGAAUGGAUGGUCAAAUCAUAAACAAUGAUGUGAGAAUAAGGAAUCCCAUUGUUGACACUUACCAAGGACAUCAUCAAGAAGUCUGUGGUCUAAAAUGGUCAGCCUCUGGCCAGCAAUUAGCUAGUGGUGGGAAUGACAACCUCCUGCACAUAUGGGACAGAUCAAUGGCUUCUUCCAACUCUACAACACAAUGGCUUCACAGGCUGGAAGAUCAUACAGCUGCUGUUAAAGCCCUUGCUUGGUGCCCUUUCCAGGGUAACUUAUUGGCCUCUGGUGGUGGUGGAAGCGACAGGUGCAUAAAGUUCUGGAAUACCCACACUGGUGCUUGCUUGAACUCAAUUGAUACAGGAUCUCAGGUGUGUUCCCUACUGUGGAACAAGAACGAACGUGAGCUGCUAAGUUCUCAUGGUUUCACUCAGAAUCAGCUCACCCUUUGGAAAUACCCUUCUAUGGUAAAGGUAGCUGAGCUAACUGGCCACACAUCCAGAGUACUUUUCAUGGCUCAGAGUCCAGAUGGUUGCACAGUUGCAUCUGCAGCUGGAGAUGAAACUCUCAGAUUCUGGAAUGUAUUUGGGACUCCUGAAGUAGCAAAACCUGCACCAAAGGCAAAUCCUGAACCAUUCGCUCACCUGAACCGUGGUAUUCGCUGAAUGACAAUAGAAAAUUGCAUGCUGAACAUUUCUGUACAGUCUUGUUAAUACAUAUUUACUGGAACAAAAAGACUGCUGACUGAAGAACAUAUAUACUGGAACAAAAGACUGCUGACUGAAGAAGACAAUUGUAAAUUCAGUUCUAAUUUCAUUAACUAUAUUGGUAUCCUGGACCAGACCCAACUGUAUGUAAAAAGAGAUCUUUUUUUUCUCUUUGUUUGAUUUGUUGAUUCUAUUACAGUGGCUGCACACCAAUAGUGACAAAAGGCCUGUCCAGGAAUAUCAUAUCCCCUUGUACAGUUUUCUGAUGAUGAUAUGUAUUUCUCAAUACAAUACAACAUGAUUUAUUUUGAAA